AUGCCUGGCCACCGCGCACAACUGACAUGUCUGUCCCCGGAAAGGUUCGAGUUGUUCCUUCUCGGAGAAGGCGAAAAAAAGGUCACUUACACUCACGACACCCGCGUCCCGAACACCAUGAUUUUCACCUUCAAUAAGGAAGAUCACACUCUGGGGAACCUUCUCACCGCUCACCUGCACAAAUACAAAUAUGUCACCUUCUCAGCUUACAUCUCGCCUCACCCUCUCACUCCGUCCUUCGACUUGCGUGUUUCGACGGAUGGCAGCGUCACCCCCAAAGAUGCAGUCGUGCAAUGCUGCAAGGACGUCGUCAAGGAGCUCGAGGUCCUGAGCAAUAACUUCUUGAAAGAGAUGGAGUUGAGGAAGAUUGCAAAUCAGGGCAGGGAGUGA